AAUCAUCCUGUGGGGAUGGGAAGGAAAGCUUUGCGUCCAGAGAAAUCUCCUGAAGGAACGCUGAAGAAGAAGAAGAUGUUGAGGCGAAGGACUUCAAAUGUCUCGGAGAAGGAGCAGGUGCAGAAGAAGAAGCUCACUCUGCAGAGGUCCAGCAGCUUCAAGGAUUUUAUAAAGCACAAACCCACCUCUCCUGUGUUAGAGAGGGAGUUGAGCUUAGAGGAGAAUGAGGCAGAGGGUGUGACAGCCGAGGAAGCAGUGAAGAAUGGCAGCAAACUGGGGAAGAAAUGGCGUAACGUCAUCUCACGCACCAUGACCCGCAAAACAUCCAAGAUGGUGCAGAAGGCUCUGGCAGAGGAGGGGGGUGAGAGUGGAGAGGAGCUGUCUCCGGUCUCCUCUGAUUGGCUGCCUGAUCUGCUCGCAGGACAGAGGACGUCCGUGUGCUCCACCGGGUCGGAGGACACCGCACCGAGCCACAUCAGCCGCCAGCUGUCAGGCAGCAGCGACAGACAGAGCCUGGACAGUGGGUACUGCCAGAGGGACAGCAUGAGGCUGGAGGAAAACUCUUACUCCGGACCUUUCUGUGGCCGCGCUCUAGUCCACACUGACUUCACCCCCAGCCCGUACGACGUGGAGUCGCUCAAACUGCAGAAAGGAGACAUCAUCCACAUCAUCGAGAAACCCCCUGUGGGGACGUGGACUGGGAAGCUCAACAACAAAAUCGGUUCCUUCAAGUUCAUCUAUGUGAACCUGCUGCCCGAUGAGAGUCCCCCCACCCGCAGGAGACGCUGCAACAGCAAGAACCAGCGGUCCAAAUCCAAACCCAAAACCCUGGAGGAGGUUCUGGACAGCAUCGGCCUCACGGAGCUCAGUUCCCUGCUGUCCAUGCACGGCUUUCAGAACAUUGAGGACUUUGCAGGACUGAAGAAGUCGCACCUGAACGAGCUGAACAUCACAGACCCGGACGCUCGCUCCAAGAUUCUGAACGCCUCUGAGCUGCUGAGAGACUCUGAAGACGAGUCGAACGAGGAAGAGGAGGAUGGGUCUGCGGAAGACGCCAAGGAGCCGAGGGACUCCGGCUGCUUCGAGAGCUCUGAGAACCUGGAGAACGGACGAGAGGAACCGAAAACAGAGGAGGAGGAGGAAACUUCAAAGGGGAAGAGAAAUGACGAUCAUGCGGAGGAAGAGGAGCAGCUGGACGCUCUGCAGGAGCAGCUGCAGGAGCUGACGGUGGACGAAAAAUCUUGAGGAGAGAUGGAAAUAUACAUUGUAAUCCUGGACUAUGUGGAGCGAGGUGUGAUGCCGUUAAAAAUGUCCGUUUAUACAGAGAGCGGACUGCUGAUAGGAACACAGCGUAAUGUUCAAAUACCGCAGGAUCAUGAGGGUCUCCGUUUAGAACAAAAAGCUGCACAGCUUCUCUUCACACGCUGUGUACUGAACAUGUUGUUGUUUCCUCCUGAGGAUAUUGUAUCAUUAGUCAUGUACAAACUAAGCCCUUUCAAGGUUGUUUGUCUCAUUCUUUACCAUUUUUUUUUCUGUGGACGAUGCUCAUACACAUGAAUGUAAAAGAAUAUAAUCAGUUGUUUUUAAAUGUAACUUGAAUGUUAUUGCAACUUGUAGUAGUUUGCUUUUAAAUGUGUAUCGAGGUACUUUCACUGAUUUAUGCUGCAUUAUGAGGAGGUUGUGAACAGUUGCUGUAAAUACUUUGAAUAAAACUGUUUAGUGA